GGUCAAAGGAGAACGCAAAGCACAGGCGACACAGUGGUUUCCCUUUAGUGGGAUCACUGAACUGGUAAAUAACGUUCUUCAGCCCCAGCAAAAACAACCAAAUGCAAAGGAACCCCAGACGAAGCUGCACCAACAGUUUGAAAUGUACAAGGAGCAGGUGAAGAAGAUGGGGGAGGAGUCUCAGCAGCAGCAGGAACAGAAGGGCGACGCCCCAACCUGUGGGAUCUGCCACAAAACAAAAUUUGCUGAUGGAUGCGGCCAUAACUGUUCCUAUUGCCAAACCAAGUUCUGCGCUCGCUGUGGAGGCCGAGUGUCAUUACGCUCAAACAAGGUGAUGUGGGUGUGUAAUUUGUGCCGAAAACAACAAGAAAUCCUCACUAAGUCAGGAGCCUGGUUUUACAAUAGUGGCUCUCACACGCCACAGCAGCCGGGUCCCAAGGCU